AUGAGUUCCUGUAAAGAUCGGUGCGGUCGCCGUCCGGCGUCGCACGAAACUUUGUUGUAUAUAAGCGAUGUAAUCUUUAUGGGUGGUGCGAAGCUGCGCCGGCCGGGCAGUGACGUCACGGAGCCGAUCGGUCAGUGGCGUCACGGAGCCGGUAGAGGUGAUAUGCGGAUAGAGAGAGAGGCGGUAGUGCGCGCGCCGAAUGCCAGGCUGCGCGUCGCGCUGGCGAGCGUGCGCCUUAAAGGCCGCACUGACGAACGUGCACCAAUGCGAACCGCACUCACGAACGUGCACCAAUACGAGCCACACUCAGGAACGUGCACAAAUGGGGCCGCACUGACGAACGUAAACCCAUACGGGCCGCACUCACGAACGUGCACCAAUACGGGCCGCACUUAUGAACGUGCACAAACAGGGGCCGCACUGACGAACGUACACCCAUACGGGUCCCACUCACGACCGUGCACCAAUACGGGCCGUUCUCACGAACGUGCACCAACACGGGCCACGCUCGCGGGCGCGAGUGCGCAGUUACUGCUUGUCCGACGCGCUCUCUCUGAAGGCAUGGAAGCCUAA